CGGAGGGGUGGUGGCAACGGAGUGAGGUUCUCUUUGUUCAGCCAUUUCAGAAACUGUAGCGGCUUUGGGCACUGAGCUGCGGAGGGAGAGGACGGGCUGCUUCGCUCCCUCGUCACUUCUCUGCCGUCGGGGUUUGGGAUGUUGUGGGCUCCUGACGGUGUGGAAUGCACUAGGGAAAGGCUGACGGUGGUGCCGGCGGGCCCGAGACGGCUCGGGCGGGCGGGGCGUGCUCGGCGCUAGGACCCAGGAGGACGCGAGGUGGCUCUUAAGGCCAGAGCGCAAAUUCGCCGUGACUCAGUCCUUGUACAGGAGCAGCAAGCCAAGAUGGAGCAUGAAUGGAAGCCUGACGAACAGGGGCUUCUACAGAUCCUGCAGCUGCUCAAGGAAUCCCAGUCCCCGGACACUACCACGCAGAGAGCCGUGCAACAAAAACUAGAACAACUCAAUCAGUAUCCAGAUUUCAACAACUACCUGAUUUUUGUUCUUACAAAGUUGAAGUCUGAAGAUGAGCCAACACGUUCCUUGAGUGGUCUCAUCUUGAAGAAUAAUGUUAAAGCACAUUUUCACAACUUUCCAAAUGGGGUAGCCGACUUCAUUAAAAGUGAAUGUUUGAACAACAUUGGUGAUUCCUCCCCCUUAAUUAGAGCUACUGUAGCCUCUUUGGCAGCCUUAUCAGCUAAAAGAUUCCCCAAAUUUGGUUUGGUCUUACCCCCUUGGUGUGCUCUGCAAUGCAUGGCAGCAACUUCUGCUGGUCUCUGGAUACUUUCAAGCAUUCUGAUAACAACCAUUGCUUCAAAAGGGGAAUUACAGAAUUGGCCUGACCUCUUACCAAAGCUUUGCAGCCUGUUGGAUUCUGAAGAUUAUAAUACCUGUGAGGGUGCAUUUGGUGCUCUUCAGAAGAUAUGUGAAGACUCUGCUGAAAUUUUAGAUAGCGAUGUAUUGGACCGACCACUCAAUGUCAUGAUACCUAAAUUCUUGCAGUUCUUCAAACACAGCAGUCCAAAAAUAAGGUCUCAUGCUGUUGCAUGUGUCAAUCAAUUCAUCAUCAGCAGAACUCAAGCUCUUAUGUUGCACAUAGAUUCUUUUAUUGAGAAUCUUUUUGCACUGGCUGGUGAUGAGGAGCCCGAAGUACGCAAAAAUGUUUGUCGUGCUCUGGUAAUGUUACUGGAAGUUCGAAUGGAUCGUCUGCUUCCUCAUAUGAUUAGUAUAGUUGAGUAUAUGCUUCAAAGGACCCAGGACCAAGAUGAAAAUGUUGCUUUGGAGGCUUGCGAGUUUUGGUUGACUUUGGCUGAACAGCCAAUUUGUAAAGAUGUAUUAUGUCGACAUCUUACUAAAUUGAUACCUGUGCUGGUAAAUGGUAUGAAGUAUUCAGAGAUUGAUAUUAUUCUGUUAAAGGGGGAUGUUGAAGAAGAUGAAGCUAUUCCAGAUAGUGAACAGGACAUAAGACCUCGUUUUCAUCGUUCACGGACAGUAGCUCAGCAACAUGAAGAAGAUCGUAUUGAAGAUGAUGAUGAUGACAAUGAUCUUGAUGAUGAUGAUACUAUUUCUGACUGGAAUUUAAGGAAAUGUUCUGCUGCUGCUCUAGAUGUCCUGGCUAAUGUAUUUCGUGACGAACUUCUGCCACACAUCUUGCCCCUUUUGAAGGAAUUGCUUUUCCAUCCCGAAUGGGUAGUUAAAGAAUCUGGUAUCCUUGUUCUUGGAGCAAUUGCUGAAGGCUGCAUGCAGGGUAUGGUUCCAUAUCUUCCUGAGCUGAUCCCUCACCUUAUUCAGUGCCUUUCUAAUAAAAAGGCUCUUGUGCGCUCCAUUACUUGCUGGACUCUUAGUCGCUAUGCACACUGGGUAGUUAGUCAACCCCCAGACACAUACUUGAAACCAUUAAUGACUGAGUUGCUAAAGCGCAUUCUGGAUAGCAACAAGAGAGUACAAGAAGCUGCCUGCAGUGCCUUUGCUACUCUAGAAGAGGAGGCUUGUACAGAGCUUGUUCCUUAUCUUGCAUAUAUACUUGACACUUUGGUCUUCGCAUUUAGUAAAUACCAGCAUAAAAACCUGCUCAUUCUUUAUGAUGCUAUAGGAACUCUAGCAGAUUCUGUAGGACAUCAUCUAAAUAAACCAGAAUAUAUUCAGAUGCUAAUGCCUCCAUUAAUCCAGAAGUGGAACAUGUUGAAGGAUGAAGAUAAAGAUCUCUUCCCUUUAUUAGAGUGCCUGUCGUCAGUUGCUACUGCCUUGCAAUCUGGCUUUCUUCCGUAUUGUGAGCCUGUGUACCAGCGUUGUGUAAAUCUGGUGCAGAAGACUCUUGCACAAGCCAUGCUGCACAAUGCUCAGCCAGACCAAUAUGAGGCUCCAGAUAAAGAUUUCAUGAUUGUGGCUCUUGAUUUACUGAGUGGUUUAGCUGAAGGACUUGGAGGCAACAUUGAACAGCUAGUGGCUUGCAGCAAUAUCCUGACGCUAAUGUACCAAUGCAUGCAGGAUAAAAUGCCUGAGGUACGGCAGAGUUCUUUUGCGUUGUUAGGUGAUCUGACAAAGGCGUGUUUUCAGCAUGUUAAGCCUUGCAUAGCUGAUUUCAUGCCCAUUUUGGGAACAAAUCUAAACCCUGAAUUCAUUUCUGUGUGUAACAAUGCCACCUGGGCAAUUGGAGAAAUCUCCAUCCAGAUGGGUAUAGAGAUGCAGCCUUAUAUUCCAAUGGUGUUGCACCAGCUUGCAGAAAUAAUUAACAGACCCAACACACCAAAGACAUUGUUAGAGAACACAGCAAUAACAAUUGGUCGUCUUGGUUUCGUUUGUCCUCAAGAGGUGGCCCCCAUGCUACAGCAGUUUAUAAGACCCUGGUGCACCUCUCUGCGAAACAUAAGAGACAAUGAGGAAAAAGAUUCAGCAUUCCGUGGGAUAUGUACCAUGAUCUCAGUCAACCCCAGUGGAGUAGUCCAAGACUUUAUUUUUUUUUGUGAUGCUGUUGCAUCAUGGAUUAACCCAAAAGAUGAUCUCCGAGACAUGUUCUGUAAGAUUCUUCAUGGAUUUAAAAAUCAAGUUGGGGAUGAGAAUUGGAGGCGUUUCUCUGACCAGUUUCCUCUUCCCUUAAAAGAGCGCCUUGCAGCUUAUUAUGGAGUUUAACCUUAUGCACUUUAGCUGCCGUCCCAUAUCUAGAGGUCCUUCAGUCUGGGAGACUAUGAGGGAGCUUCUGCACCCAGGGAAAAUGUUACCCUUUACUGGGGGGAAGGGUGAACCAGUAGGGAAUACAGUACAGUCCCAACCCUACUGGGAGGGGUGGGAGGGAGGUGUUACUGUCACUGUAUUAAGUCGAUGUUGGGAAAUGUUUUAACAUCUGGAACCUUUGUGAGUGGAAAUAGUCUCCUAUUACAACUCUGCACUGGAUGUGAAGAAGAAAAAGUCUAUUAACAAAACAGCACAUUCUGGACUAUUGUGGGGAAUUUUACCAAAAUAAGAACCAUAUAAUUGAACCAUAGGAAUACAUAAAGAGGAAAACUAUUUUACGCACAAUAAAGGAAACCUAUAAAUGGAGGUCACAAACAGUAAAAGGCUUUCUUUUUUCUUUUAUGUUUUUCUUUUAAAAGUAAGGGUUUUCUACAUUGUUUCACCCUGCUUAAUGGGAUUCCUAGAAAAUUUGCAUGUUAAUGAAUAACUAAACAAAAUAAAAUGCAGCUUGUAUCAGUAUUAGGAGCAGGCACUUGCAGUAUACAGUAUAGAAACCCUGUCGUAAAUUAAAAGAGGUUAACCUGGAUGAAAUGAAGUAACCUGUAAGCUGCCAAAUGAGUCACUCGUUUCAUUUUUGGGGUAAGGGAGGGGCACACCAAAGGAAAGAUUGGCAUACUAAUUUUUGCAUUUAAAACAAAUUAAUCAUUUGGUUUUUGUACUUAACUAGAUUCAAUUUCUAGAGUAGGGUGUUAUUCUUAACAUGCAGUUUAAGGUCUGGGCAUGCAUUCUGGCUCAUAGUGAUCAGAAGUAAUUUAAUUUAGUGGGAAAGUAGCAUGCUUGCAUCACAUAGAGUGAAACUGGUAUUCAUUUACCUAUGUUGCCCCAGUCUUAUAUUGCAGUUUACCAAUGCAAUAUAGCCCUGCAUUUAAAAUCCUUUGGUUGAAAUUUUGUGGAUUUUUUUUUUAAAGAAUAUAGUUAUAAAGUACUGUAGUUCAAAAUUAGGCCUUGAAAUACCUUUUUAGGAUCUGUUAAGAUUAAUAUUCAUAUCAUAUUGUGUGUAACCUGCACAAUGUGGAAAGCUGAUAUAACUGUGCAAAAUAUUAGCCUCUGUGCUGUCAGUGUGAUGUGCUUUCUGCAUGGUUAUAUGGUAGUGAUUUUUAGCAGAAUUUCUAAAAAUGAGUUACAUGGUAAGACCCGUUAAAGGCUACAUAAAUGUUAGUUGGCACAUAAAGACAAUUGUAGAAGUUGUUGAUGAUUACUAUAAUUGCUUUUAUUCUCACUCAAUGUAUUACCUUUUAUGCUUUGUUUUUGUUCACAGCAUGAUCUUAGAGAUGUUUAAGUUAGUGGAUGUAAUGCAGGGCAUCUACAAUGUAUUGGCACAUUUUGGUGACCCUUUGUGAUGUAAUGAAAUGCACAAGGGUGCAAGUUUAAAGCUAAAGAGUGAAAGUUGAUUUGGAUCCUCUUCAUUUCAUUUGUUUAGCUUUUCUGUUGAUAUUUUUUUUCUUUUUUUUUUUCUCUACUUACAUGUAUUCCUGUGAAUAAAUCUUUGUUAAGUUAAUCCUUUA